AUGGCUACCCCCAGUGUCCUUACCUUUGAUGCUGAGGGUCGUGCUGUUGACUUCGAGGUCUGGGUUGAUGACCUACAACUCUUCCUACAGUGCGAUAGGGCAAACGGACUCUCCCUGUUCCAUCUCACCUCUGGUGCCUCCCCUACCCCGCCUGCUGAUGCUGAUAGCAAUGUUCGCUCACAGUGGGCCACACGCGAUGCUGCUGCCCGUCUUGCUGUGCGUCGCCACUUACCGACCGCUGAGCGUGCGCACUCUAGUCAGUACAAGAGUGCUCAGACCUUGUACGACGCUGAAGUUGCACGCUACUCUUCCCCUGCCACUACUGCUCUUAGCCGCCUCAUACUGCCGUACCUGUUCCCUGACCUUGCUGCCUUUCCCACAGUCGCUGACCUCAUUACACACCUUCGCACUAGUGACACUCGCUACCGCGCUGCGCUUCCUGCUGAGUACUGUGCCAAGAACCCUCCCCCCAUGUACAUCACCCUCUACUACAUAGUCACCCAGCUCUCUGACUCCCUUCGCUUAGUCAGGGACCACUUCCUCUCAGUUUGCCCCACCACACUCACCGUUAACCUCCUCGAGGAGCGUCUCCUGGCAGCAGAGAAGAGCAUAGUCGCUGUAGGAGCCUCUCGUAGUGACCCUCGUAACCAAAUCUUUGAGGGGUGUUCCCCCUCCCCCCUCUUGCCCUCUGUUGCUUCUGCUGCUGCGGCCGACCUCGUUGGCUUCGAGUCGGUCGGAGCUGCGUCUGCCCCUAGCGGGAGACGCCGCACCGGCAAGGGCAAGGGGGGCAGGGGCGCUGGAGGGGCUGGCAGGGGCGGUGGAGGUGGCGGUGGAGGCAGUGGAGGGGGUGGGGGUGGUGGUGGGAGUGGUGGCGGGGGUGGAGGUGUCGGUGGCAGUAGUGGAGGCGGAGGAGGCGGCGGCGGUGGCGGUGGGAGCAGAGGCGACGGAGGUGGCGGAGGCGGCGGCGGCAGUGGUGGAGCUGGUCGCGGCUCUGCGCAGAGGAGUGGCUCCGGUGGUGGUCCGCGCCAGCUGCAGCAGUGCACUCGUGAGAUCCGUCCCCCCAGCAGCUUCCUGAGUGGGGGCUCGCACUCCACCGAGCGCUGCUUCGGCCGCCUCACGGACGCUUGGCGUCACCAGUUCCCUGACGCCACUGAGAUCCCUCGCUGGGGAGAGCUGUCUAGGGCGGGGGUCGCUAUCUUUGAUCUUGACUAUGAUGCUAUACUUGCUGCCAUGUAUGCUGUGUCUGCUAGUGAUGAGGGCAACUGUUACUUGUGUGUUCCGCCUGACCCGGGCAUUGGGACUGCUGCUCUAGGUGCUGGUGAGGCUGCUGCUCUAGGUGCUGGUGAGUCUGCUCUCUCAGGUACCACGUCGGCUCAGGCCUCCCACACCUUCACCCUUGACUCGGGUGCUUCCCGCUCCUUCUUUCGAGACCGCACCACACUCACGCCGCUUAGUCGGCCAGUGGCGGUCUCCUUGGCAGACCCCUCCGGGGGUCCUGUCCUUGCCCUCUUCUCCACUGUCUUACCGUGUCCGGCGGCCCCCUCUGGCACCCUGUCAGGUCUUUACCUCCCCUCGUUCUCUACGAACUUGGUGAGUGGUGCAGAUCUACAGGAUGGAGGGGUUCACCAGUUCACUCCUGCGAGCCAGCGAGUGACCCACUGCACGUGUGCUCGGACAGGCCGACACUUGGCCACGUUUACCCGUCGACCGGGGUCGAGCCUGUACACACUGACUACUGGUCCUCCUCAGUCUACUGCGUCUGGUCAGCUAGCUGCGUCGGGUCAGGCGUCUGCUGCGACGUCCAGGUCUGGUCCCUGCUCGUGUCGUCUCCUGUCUCAUCAGACUCUCCUCUGGCACCACCGCCUUGGUCACCCCUCCCUGCCUCGUCUCCGAGGCAUGGCCUCCCGUGUCCUUGUCUCUUGUCUCCCCCGGUCUCUCCCUCCCCUCCCUCCGGGGCCUGCCCCUACUUGCGCUCCCUGCCUCAAGGGGCGGCAGCGCGCCGCCCCUCACUCCUCCGAGUUUCCUCCGACAGAGGCUCCGCUGCAGACUCUUCACAUGGACGUGUGGGGCCCUGCCCGCGUCCGUGGCCAGGGUCACGAGCGUUACUUCCUGUUGGUAGUUGACGACUACUCGCGUUACACCACGGUGUUCCCCUUGCGCAGCAAGGGUGACGUCACUGAGGUGUUGAUCGACUGGAUCCGCGCAGCUCGUCUCCAGCUCAGAGAGAGUUUCGGCUCGGACUUUCCUGUUCUGCGUCUGCACUCUGACAGAGGCGGGGAGUUUUCCUCUGCCCUUCUGGGAGCCUUCUGUCGUGCACAGGGCAUCCGCCAGACCUUCACACUUCCGGCCUCUCCACAGCAAAAUGGGAUUGCUGAGCGCCGCAUUGGCAUGGUCAUCGACGUCGCUCGUACGUCCUUGAUCCAUGCGGCUGCUCCCCAUUUUCUGUGGCCGUUUGCGGUUUAG